AAAGGAAGCUCCUUUGGUUUGUCAAAGUAUAAAUAUUGAUGAAGUAGGCAGUAGUGAUUCUCUCUGAUUUACCCCAAUCGAGUCGAAUUUGGAGUUUCGGCGAUGAAACGCAAGGAACAUGAGAAGGACAGGUUCUGCAGCAGUCGAACUAUGUUACAACGGAUCCCUCUUGAUCUGAAGAAGAUGACUAGAUUGCAGGUUAAACCACACCAAAAGAAACCCCUUUGCAAAGUCGAAUCCAGGGUUUGCUUGGAACGCAAGGAGAGAGAACGUAACGAGGACGAUGAGAGCGUCAAGAGGCCAAGUAAGCUACUACAUUCGAUCCCUUUAGAUCUAGAGGUGGAGAUAAUGACCAGAUUGCCUGUAAAGUCUCUUAUGAGGUCCCGAUGCGUGUCAAAGACGUGGUCUUCCAUCAUCCGAAGCCAAGGGUUCGCCGAGGCUUACUACGCUAUGUCCUCCUCUGCAACCCGAUCCCGGUUUACAGUCGCUUUCAGCAACAGUGUAUUUGUCAAGGGUGAUGCCCAGCGUCUGUUCAUCUUCUCGUCUUCGCAUGAAUCUUCUUCUUUGGCUGCCAAUCUCCACAUGACUAUACCUUCGUUGAGCUUGUCUCACGUCUCCGAUUGUCCUUCCGUCCAUGGCUUUGUCGGUUGUUGUCAUGGUUUUCAGUUCACUAUAUGUAACCCUAGCACGGGUCAAUUCGUUACCUUGCCCUGUAAAGGAAACCGCACAUCCUUGGGAUACGAUCCUGUUGAUGGUCAAUUCAAAGCAUUGUCUUUGGUGCCUACUCCUGUCCGGGGUUAUCAUAUUUGUGUUGUGCACGAGGUUAUAAAACUUGGAGGAGGAGGAGGAGUAGAAUCACGCAAUAUGGUAACCUCCCCACCUUAUUCCCCUCUCACGAAUAGACUAUGCAUUAAUGGUUUUAUAUAUUUUGGUGCUUGGGCCCCAAGACCAAGAACGAAUCCGGUGAUUGUCUGUUUUGAUGUUAGACAUGAGAAGAUAAGUUUUAUCAAAAUGCCUAAGGAUAUCCUGAUGAGUUAUUCAGUGUUGAUAGAAUACAAAGGGAAGUUAGCUUCCGUUGUUAGACACCAACCUUUGAGCUUCCGCAGUUUUGAUUUAUGGAUUUUAGAGGACGUGAAGAAAGGUGUCUGGUCCAAGCAAACAUUUGACCUUUCUUACGAUUUGGUGAAUAUUACUUCCCCGGGCACCAACAAGGCUGGUGAAAUCAUUUUUGCUCCAACAAAACUGUCACAUUGUGCACAACCUUUCUACAUUUUCCACUACAAUACUCAAAAAAAAGACUUGAGAAGAGUUCGGAUCCAUGGGAUUGCUGACGAUGAAGGUUUUAGGCGCCAUUAUGGACUGGUGAGCGAUUGUAACGUCUCUGUCUCACCCGAACAUGUUGAAAGUAUUGCCUUUUUAUAAAUGUGUUUUGUUUAUGGAUGUAAGACUUCGUCAAACUCUGGUGUUUAUUUCAAUCAAUAUUCAAGUGUUAUCUUAGGAA